AGCGGUUGUGUCACAUCGGCCGAAAGCGUUCUUGUGUCUAUGCAAUCGAAAGAAGAAGUUUACGACGUUUUAAACGCGAACAAACUGGCUGCUCAAGAGAACCGCAUUAACGAUCAGCGUAUGGUGGUUGUUUCUAUCAGCCCACAAUCACGAGCUUCUCUAGCCGCCAAGUACAAUUUAACGCCUCUGCAGGUGCAUCGACGCUUAAUUUAUUUCUUCAAGCAUCAUCUGGGCGUUCACCGGGUGUUUGAUAUUGCUUUUACUCAAGAUCUAUCAUUGGUCGAAUCAGCACGUGAGUUUCUGGACCGGUUCCGGCAGUACAUGGCCAAUGGCGGAGACAAAAUGGAGGCGGCCAUGCAACAGCAGGAUGCGGAAAAGGCGGCCGAGGAAGCAGCAGCGGAUGACACAAAACCAAGAGCAAGAGCACGAAGAAGACGGGCUGGUAAACCGGAAAAUGGUGAUGGAAAUGCGACGCAAAGCUUCAUGCCCAUGCUGGCCUCAUCUUGUCCCGGCUGGGUAUGCUAUGCCGAAAAGACCCACGGUGAAGUCUUGCCACACAUUACAGCCGCCAAGAGUCCGCAACAAAUGAUGGGAUCCCUUGUCAAGGAUUACUUUGCCGGAAAAAUGAAUUUGUUACCCAAUCAAAUAUAUCAUGUAUCGAUCAUGCCCUGUUUCGAUAAAAAGCUGGAAGCCAGUCGGCCUGAUUUUCACCUUGAGCAAUAUAAUACCCGUGAAGUUGACUGCGUGCUAACUACUGGCGAAGUGGAUGCCAUGAUUCAAGAACAGAAUGUCGAUUUUCGAUCAUUGCCGGAAGCAUCCGUCGACGACAUGUUCAACAAGGUUAUGGCGGACCCUGCUACCCAGUUGGAAACAGCCUAUGGAAUGCCUGGGUCGUCCUCUGGCGGAGCCCUUGAAUACAUUCUAGGAAGAGCAGCGAGUGAGCUUUUCGGGAUCCAUGAUGUACCGGCCGAUCCUUCGGUAUCCCCAGGUCGCAUCAUUGUAAAAACAGGGAAAAAUGCGGAUGUGCGGGAAUACAUGCUGCAAGGAGAUGAUGGUCGUGUUUUACUUCGAUUUGCCACAGCUUACGGUUUUCGAAAUAUCCAAAAUAUUGUACGAAAAAUUAAGACCGGCAAGUGUCAAUAUCAUUACGUUGAAGUCAUGGCCUGUCCCGGCGGCUGUGUCAACGGCGGAGGACAAUUGCCGCCUCCAUCAGGCGUCGAGACUGAAACUAUUAUCAACGCAAAGGACUGGGUCGCUCAUGUGGAGUCCAUUUAUCGAUCCGUUCAAGGCGUGCAACCGGAAGAGAAUGAAACGAUUAAAUCACUAUACAAUGAAUGGAUCGGCGAUCCUUCAACUCCUCGAGCUACACAAUUGUUACGAACACAAUAUCAUGCGGUUACCCAAAAUUUGGUCAAUCCACUGGCGACCAAAUGGUAA